GAAACGGGAACUAUUGAUCGUGUAUGUUCCUCAUCUGCUGUAGUUCAGUUUAUAUUCAACUAUUAUCCACAAUAUUCGCUUUGUGACUCACAUAAUUCGUUAUUUAUUUAAAGAAGGUUUUGUUAGAUGGCUUAUAAUUUCUGAAAAAACGCUGAACUGACGUCAGAAUUGCCGUGCUCUAAACUCUGAUUAUUAACCAUGUCGGGGAGUUAUUAUUUCGUUAUGGUGGGUCAUCAUGAUAACCCCGUGUUUGAGAUGGAGUUUCUCCCUCCUGGAAAGACUGAAUCAAAGGAUGACCACAGACAUCUGAACCAGUUCAUCGCUCAUGCUGCUCUGGAUCUGGUGGAUGAGAACAUGUGGCAGUCCAACAACAUGUACCUGAAGACCGUGGACAAGUUCAACGAGUGGUUUGUUUCUGCCUUCGUCACAGCUGGACAUAUGAGAUUUAUUAUGCUCCAUGAUAUUCGGCAAGAGGACGGAAUCAAGAACUUCUUUAAUGAUGUUUAUGAUAUGUACAUCAAGUUUGCAAUGAAUCCCUUCUAUGAAGCCAACGCACCGAUUCGCUCCACAGCUUUCGACAGGAAAGUGCAGUUUCUUGGGAAGAAGCAUCUGCUCAGUUAAUUCAUGUUAGUAAAUGUACAUGUUUCUGAUGUCAUGCAUCAAUAUACAGCUGUGCUGUUCAUGUUUCAGUUGUUUAUACUCAUCAUUACCAGCUUAUAUUCACAUUCUUACCUUCUACUGUACAACCAAUGAAGUGUGAUUUCAGAUGGUUUUUUAAAUAGGUGUAAUAGCAUCAAAUAGGAAUGCAAG